CCAAGAUGCGUCUCAACGCGUCUCUGGGCGUGCUCUCGGGCAUAGCCUGGACAGCAUCCGGUGCUGUUGUCCCUCGCAACCUCGAUUACGACAUCGACACAACUUGCACAAGCACCGAGACAGACCAAGGCACUGUCUUCGUCACUGUCCCGGGCGGCAACUCUCCGACUGCUGCUGCCCCAGCUGGUUCGGUCUUCACUCUCACGGUUCCUGUUGGCGGUUCUGAUCCUGCUGCCGGGUCUCCCGGGUCAUUCGGUUCACCUUCUGGUUCUGGCAACAAUGGUCUUCUUUCUUCUACCUGCACCACUGAGUCUUCCCCCUUCGGUUCUCCCUUCGGCUCUGCUAGCACUCUUGAACCUGUCACCAUCACCAUCACAGCUCUCUCUACUCCCAUGAGCACGGUCACCAUCCCGGUAUCGACCAUUACCCUCAACACACCUGGCGCUGGUUCUGGUGCUGGCAAUAACGGCAACGGCAACUCUCCUGGUUCAAUUGUCACAGUCACUGCUCCCCAAGCAUCUCCCAGCCCAGCUUCUCCAGGGUCUGGUUCCGGUAUCACAAUCACCAUUCCCGGCGGCUCGGGCUCCGGUUCCUCUCCCGCAGGAGUCACUGUGACUGUUCCUCAAAUAUCUGGGCAGGCCGGUGAAGUCGUCACUCUCACAAUACCAGAAGGCCCCAACCAGUCAGCCACUGUUGUGCUCACUGUCACCAUUCCUGACGUUGCAGACAGUCCUGGGUCAUGGUCUACCAUCGUCUCAGCUCCUGGCCUCAAUGGCGCGACAUCUGGUCCGCUUGUCACUGUCGUUGGCGGUGCAUCGGCUAAUCCACAAGUGCCAACCAACUUGCCAGUGCCUGGAGGUCUCCUUUCCUCGACAUGCUCCGACGCGCUCACACCUGGGGCUGGCGGCUCCGGCAACCCUGGUUCCGGCACUACCGUCACCGUUCCUUUGCCUCAACUCACCACGACUCAGGGGGGCAAGGAGUCCUACCCACCAUUCUUUGGCGGUCCGAAUCCUCUGACAAUCACUUACACGAUUCCUGCCGAGCCUGGCAUGCCCACUCCUCUUGUCGAGACUCUCACUGUGACACCCAACCUCCCCUACCCACCUGGCGACCCGGGCUCCUCAUAUGGACCGACUGAUCUGACUAUCCCACUUGGUCCUUUUGGCGUUCACAGCACUGUCUCCGCUGGAGAUUCAUCAGGUCUCACCUUGGUCACAUACACCGUCUCCGCUGAUGGCAACUCGCCUGGCUACACCGGCAUUUUCACUUUGACACCUGGUGCCGGCUCGUCUCCCGUAGGCGGUCAGGAUGGCGGUUCGCCCGUCACUGUCACUGUUCUCGAGGCCACUCAGCCCAGUCAGAAUGGCGGAUCAUCAGGCGAAACCGGCUACCCUCCUUAUGGCGGCUCUGCUGCGCCUGCGGGCAAUGGAACACCCGACACUGUCACUUUGACUGUUCCCCAAGCUGGCGCUCCCACUCAGUCUUUUCCCGGCCAAGGUUCUGGUCAGUCUGGCUUCGGCUCUGGCAACCAAGCUCCCACAGUCACGCUUACGGUUCCUGCCAGCAGCACUCCGGGUUCAGGCUCGGGUGGCCAAGGCAGCGGUCCUGGUUAUGGCAACGGCCAGUCGACUUGCUUGACGCUGACAAUUCCUGGAGCAAACUCUGAUGGUCAGUCUAGCCUUUUGACUGUCACUGUUCCCGCUGGUUCUGGUUUCCCCGUAGGCGGUGUUCCUUCUGUGCCUUACAAUGGCCCCUCGGAUCCGGUCACCGUUACAGCUUUCCCCUUUCCAGGCGCCUCUGGCCUCCCUGGCAGCAGCCCGUCUGGCUCAGGUGACGAGGGUCAGUCAACCUGCCUGACUCUUACGCUUACUGGAGCCAACGGCCAGCCGAGUCUUGCCACUGUCACCGUUCCAGUUGCCUCAGCGUCCCCAAGCGGUGGUGCUCCAUCGGCACCUUAUAAUGGCCCUUCGGGUCCGGUUACCGUCACAGUUCUACCGACUCCCGGAAGCGGCUCCUCUGGUACAAGCGAUGAUGAUCAGUCGACUUGCUUGACCCUCACGCUUACCGGAGCUAAUGGCCAGCCCAGCCUUGUCACUUUCACGGUUCCCGUUUCAGACUAUCCCUCUGGCGCUUCUCCUUCUGCUGUCAACACCAAUGGCCCGUCCGGUGUCGUCACUGUUGUCGUUCCCGAGACCACCGAUUCCAGCGGUUCCUUCCCUGGAAGCGGCCCGUACGGCUCUGGUGGCAAUGGCCCAUCUGGCGUCUUGACCGUCACUGUUCCUGACAACUCCGGUUCCGGUUCUGGUCCGUCUGCAAGCGAUCCUUACGGCUAUGGCGGCGGUAGUGAUCAGCCUGGCGUUAUUACCGUCACGGAACCUGUUGGUUCUCCAUCUGCUGCCACUGGGUCUCCCGUCGUUGUCACUUACACCGUUCCUGCUGGGCCAGGCGAGACCGAGUCUUCCUAUGCCGUCACUUACACCCUCCAGCCAUCAUCAGGAUCUGGCUCAUCACCUUCGGUCAGUGGUGGCCCUGCUGGGUAUGGAAGUGGUGGUAGCAACCCAUUUGGAUCUGGCUCCAACCCCACUGGUUCAUCUGGCGAGCUUUCUCCUAUCACGAUCACUCUCGGGCCGUCUGAUGGGUUCGCUACACCCGUGGUUGUCACAUACACUCCUGGUGUGACUGGGCAACCGUCUAGUUCUUCGCCCACACCUUCCGCGAUUGUCGUCUCAGAGUCGGGAACUCUCUUUACCAUCACGCUUCCUGGAUCUGGGUCGUUGCCUUCUGCAACCUCGCCUGCCUCAUCGGAGAUUGUUGUUUCUGAGUUUGGGACUUUGUUCACCAUCACCGUUCCUGCAACUGCUCCGGUCGCUCAACCAACUGUUGCCAGCGGUUCUGCCACUGUUCCCGGGUACGGCUCUGGCACCGGGUCUGGUGCUGGUUCUCUUCCCAGUGGCCUCGCGGUCUUCACCAUCACUCCCACUUCUGGUGCACCGUAUGUUGUCACUAUUCCUGUCGGCGGCGGCUCUGGCUCCAGCCCUUCCAAUGUCUUGACUGUCACUGAGGGUCCGUCCCCCAGUGGCUAUGGAACAGGGUCUGGAUCUGGAAGCUCCCCUAACAACGGGGAGUUCACUAUCACCAUUGAUGGCACACCGGUCGUUGUGCCUCUUCCUCAGAGCAACCCAGGCGGCAACCCCGCCACUGGUUCUGGCCUCGCGACUGUCACCGAGGGAGGCAAUGGCUUGGCCACUCCUGCAGCUGGCACAGUGUUUACUCUCACGCUCUCUGGUACACCUGUCGCCGUCACCGUUCCUGCCAGUGGCAACACGGCUCCGGUCGGCCAGGGAGGCAUUUUGACUGUGACUGAGGGAUUGCCUUCUGGCUCACCAUCCAUCGUCACCAUUCCGGCCGGUGCUGGGGGCAUCACUGCUCAGCCUUCUGCGACCCCAUAUGGCGGCUCUUUUCCCGGUGGAGAAGUCAUCACUGUGAUUGGACCUGAUGGACAUCCCACUGUUCUUACGAUUCCUGGCGGCGGCAACCCAGUGGCCACUCAAAAUGGCCCGUCCAAUGUCUUGACCAUCACUGAGGGUGGUGCUGCUCCUACCGGAGGUGUCCAACCUGGUGGGAAUGGUGUCGGCACUGCAUUCACCGUCACUUUGUCGUCGCCUGGCAAUGGGCAAGGCAGUGGACCCCAAGGCUCCGGACAGGGCAACGGUCCUCAGGGUUAUGGCUCACCCAACUCCGGCCUUGGUCCUGUCUUGACUAUUACUGAAUUGCCUUCCGGGGCUGCCGGUGGUCUACAACCCGGUGCAACUGGCUUUGCCACUGCCCUCACUUUCACCAUUCCAUCGGGCUCUGGCAACGGACCCUCUGGUUCGAACAAUGGUCCCUUCGGUUCCGGUAACGGGCCUCUUGGUUAUGGCAGUGGGCCUGUUGGUUCCGGCAAUGGCCCUCAAGGCUACGGCUCACCCAACUCCGGCCUUGGUCCUGUCUUGACUAUUACUGAAUUGCCUUCCGAGGUUGCCGGUGGUCUACAACCCGGUGCAACUGGCUUCGCCACUGCCUUCACUUUCACCAUUCCAUCGGGCUCUGGCAACGGACCCUCUGGUUCGAACAAUGGCCCCUCUGGUUCGGACAAUGGUCCCUUCGGUUCUGGCAAUGGCCCUCAAGGCUACGGCUCACCUAACGCUGGUGCCGGUUCCAUUUUCACCAUUACUCAGGGAGGAGCUGGCGCGGCUCAGUCUAACGGUCCUAUCUUGACUGUGUCAGAGAUUUUCCUAUCGGAAACCAUUCCUAUCGGCUCUGGUCUUUACUCGGUCGUUGCAUUUACCACCACUCUCGGCUCUGGUUCUGGCUCUGGACCUGGCUCUGGCCCAAGCAUUGUCACCAUUGAUCCCAACGGUUCUGGCAAUGGUCUCAACUCUCCCUCUGCAAUUGGCGGUGGUGCUUUUGCGACUACUUUGACUUUGGCACAGCCCUCCGCUGUGAUUGCGACGGCACCUGCUCAGGGUCCUCAAGUCGUCACUGUUCUACCUUCGAUCUUCACUGUCUGGCCUCAGAACACACUGGUCACCACCACCUCGUGUACCACCAGCAAUGGCGGCGCCUUCUUUGACCCCGGUCAGAACGGCGGCUUUGGUCCCUCUGUCGUUACCAUGUGGCCGACGUACUCCAUUGACACCACUUGUACCAAAUCCUCAACCAGCUACAUCUCCGCCAGCGCUGUUGCGCCAGCCCCGUCCUCCGAGUCAUCCACUGUAUUGAUGUUGAGCAGCUCAACCUUGGCUGUCAUUAGCUCGGCGCCUUCUGUACCAUCUCCCAGUGACUCAUCUACCGUUCUGAUGCUGAGCAGUUCCACCCUUGCUGUGAUCAGUUCAGAGCCCGCGAUUCCCUCAGUCGUCGCUCCGGAGCCCGCCAGCACCGCAUCCGGCGAACAGGCCAUUCCCACUCUGACCGCCGAGCCUGCUGAACCUACCAGCGCUGCCAGUGGUGGCCAGCCUAUCGAGCCUACUGAACCUACCGAACCUACCAGCACUGCCGGCGGUGGCCAGCCUAUCGAGGCUACCACCUCAUCUGGCGGUGGCCAGAGCAUUCCUGUUGUCACUCCCGAGCCCUCCACCUCGUCAGAUGAGCAGGCGAUUCCCACAUUGUCAUUCGAGGCCCCGCCCGAGACCUCUGCUGGUGAAGAGGUUCCUCCUCCCCAGACCGAGUUUGGCCUUGGCCACAUUCACCCCCGUGCUGCGCAUAUUACCGUUAUUCCCACCCCUUCCUCGGUUGCCCCUGACUCGGUUUCUACGGCGUCUGUUGCAUGCGGCUCACUUGGUGAUCGUGGUGGUUACACCUUCGGGUUCGAUGACAUUCACGCUCCCGAGACACUGAACAGCGACACCAACAGUGCCAUGGUUGUGCGCCAUCAGCCUGUUCCUCGCCCGUAUCACCGCUUCUUGUUCUCGGAUGACUUCCGUGUCGUGCCUCCACCUCAGUCGCGCUUUGUCCCGUCCUCUGGGUCCCAGAUGGUUCAAUACGAUGGCGCAUCCAAGAACGUUGCACAAAUCGGCCUCGCCCAGCUUCGCAACAACCCUUGCUUCCGCUUCGAUUUCCUCGGUGUCAGCCUUGGUUGCAACUCGACUGUUGAGCCAUGCGUCUUCAACGUCAAGGGCAUCCAGUGGAACGGUGUUCAUGAUGUGAUCCAGGCGAACAAGACUCUUGUGGUUGGCGCUUGCAAGAAUAUUGACAGCUGUGUUCUCCGCCAUCAGAUCCUGGAUUCCGCUACUGCACUGCAAUUCACCAACUUGACUGCAGUCAACAUCACGUUGACAGUUGCCGGCAAGCCAGUGACCUGGUGGGCUGAUGACUUCCAGGUCGCCUGGACAGAGAAUGACUGCACCACUGCCGCAUGCCGGGCACUUGUGCCAAACACCGCCUCUACUCCUCAAAAGCCUUGGGGUGUUUCUGAAGAGGCAAAGGCCAAGGGUCUUCGUUGGUCUAUUCGUCGCUGAAGAGCCGAGAUGUCUGUCUUAUGACAAGUUGUUUGACUUUGAUUCUGAGCGGUUCUAUCACUCUAUCGUUUCAUUUGUCCCGCUUGGGAAUUGUGUUAAUAUUUCGAAUACCAUUUGCAUGUUUUUACGGCUUGUUGUUCCAUUCUCGGGAUUAGGUGGCAGUCGUGCAAUUUCUUGGUGAAUUGGCGGUCAGAUAGAAUUGUGUUUACAAAAAGGGGUGAUUUUUACAUCGACGGCAUGUAAUGAGAGGUGGAAGAGUCGAGUCGAUGAUGAGUCGGAUCUUGAAACUAAUAGGGGAGCAAUUUGUCACUCUCUGUACAACUUUUGGCCAUAUUCUCAUUGACAGCCAUAAUUCCAACUUGUUGUCGUGGGAAA